GCGAGAAAAAAUUUAAAUUCGAACACGAUGACUAAUAACUUAUACAGAUUCACUUGCGCUUUGAAGCGCACAUACAAAAUCUUACUGCGCGAUGUUCGUCGAAAGACGAACUUUCUCCCCAACCUCAAGAGGGAUUAUAGUUCGGUGCUGUACAUUUCCGGUAACAAGGCUUACAAGACGUUCGCAUAUUUAACGCCGUAUUUGGACGUGGAUGAGAGAUUCGCCAAUCUAGAAAAAUUACAGAAGAAUUUGGUGUCGCGCGGUAUGAACGUAAACAUCGCGCAAUUGAAGGAAGUAUGGGAUUUCUACGUGAGGAUGGUCGAGGACAGAUAUGCAUUGGAGGACAACAACGCGGAGCUAACGGGUCGUGUAAAGUCCUUAGAGAAUGCCGAACACCGAACCAUCGAGCAGGAACAAGAAAUGCUCAAACUGCAUACGCAGCUCAAGAUUAUACGGCAGGAUCUGAAGUCGAUGAAGGAAGCGAUUUGGGACAUGGAGGAGAAUGUGAUGGAGAGGGUCUUGAAGCUGCCAAACGAAUUGGAUCCUCGAACGCCUGUUGGCGAACCGGUAAUAUUGAAAACCGUCGGCAACGUGCCCAACGAGGUAUCAGAAAAAAACGGAAGGAGUCACAUCGACAUCGGAACAAAACUGGACCUGCUAGAAUACAAGAAUCCCUUGUAUUACUACCUAAGCAACGACGCGGCUUGGUUCGAGCUCGCCGUACUGGCGUACGCAGGCCGAGUGUUCAACGAGAGCAAUAUGGUCAAGAUAAUCGGCACGGACUUCAGUCGCAGCCUCCUGGUGGAAGCCACCGGUUUGAAUCAUGAGGAUCCCGCGGCCGCCUUCGUGAUAGAGAAUCACAACGAGAUCGAGAGGGAUUCACCGAAUCGUAUGCACCUCGUCGGCAAUGCAAGUCUGAUCGCAUUUUUGGCGUUGCACACGAAGCAGCUGAUAAAUCCCAAGGAUUUACCGCUCAGGUACUUUGCCACUGGCAAACAGUACACGCCAUUGCCACGCGAUUCGCACUCAUGCGGCCUGUUCACAGCAUGCCAGGCUUCCGUGGCACACGUUUUCGUCGUGACGAAAGAUUCGAGGAGUGAAGAAUGCAAGAUACUAUUCGAAGAACUUGUGGAAACCGUAUGUAAGCUGUACGAUGAUCUGUGCGAUCACUAUCGCGUUAUCGUUCGAACUGCAUCAGAGCUGCAAUCCUGCGAAGAAAUGCGCGUAUCCUUCGAGAUGUGGUCGCCAUUCUUGAACCGGUACGUUGAGAUCGGUCAUGUGUCAACGUAUGGUGACUACUUAAGCAAACGAUUGCUGAUCGCCUAUCAAACUCCCACGGGCAGAGAUUUUCCUGCGGUGAUAUCAGGCACCGUUAUCUCCGUUCCGCGUCUGCUGGCUUGCCUACUCGAGCAGAAUCCCGACCGGUUCGUGAUUCCACCAAAGAUUACCGAAUUUAUACCAUCAAAGUGAUCAUGUUACUGUAUAAUUAAUAAAUUAAUUACAAAAAGAAAUUUGUGCCUAUGAUAUUGUUCUACUAACUUUGUUGCAUAGUGUCGCAUAUAUAUGACAUGUAAUCUCUUCGCAGAAUAACUAUCGAGAGAAAUGUUAAAGUCUGAUUAAACUUUUCAUACAUUUUAAUUUCAAAUUCAAAGCAAUCUAUAAAACCAAUAACUUCAUAUAUCAAAAUUUAACAAAAUAUAUUCAAUAGAAAAAAUUGUGCACUAAAGGGUUAAAAUAUUUUAUCCUUUAAAACAACUUUUUCCAAAUUAAGAUCAUAAAAUAUAUUGAUGCAAAUUAAUUAGAAUUCAAAUUGUUAAACUUGAAAAGAGGCGAUAUUUUUAAACCAGAAUAUGUCAAUACAUAUAUGUAGAAAAUAUAUAGUACAUCUGUAUCUCUUCAAAUUUUUAUAUAUAAUAAAAUUUUUAUAUAUAAUAAAA